CGAUAACUCGACGCUCGGCCGCGGCCUCUAUCGACUCGCUCCGGCUCCGCUCGCAGUCCUGGGCCGCGGCGGAGCGCGGAGUCGCAUGUAAGGUGCUCUGACCUUUGACCCCCGCCUCUCCGAAGUCGGGUCCUGUGCAGGCCCCAGCCUUCUUCCCCACCAUGAACACAUCCCCGGGCACGGUGGGCAGUGACCCCGUCAUCUUGGCCACUGCGGGCUACGACCACACGGUGCGGUUCUGGCAGGCCCACAGUGGGAUCUGCACCCGCACCGUACAGCAUCAGGACUCUCAGGUGAAUGCGCUGGAAAUCACGCCAGACCGCAGCAUGAUCGCGGCUGCAGGUUAUCAGCACAUUCGCAUGUACGAUCUCAGCUCCAACAACCCCAACCCCAUCAUCAGCUACGACGGGGUGAACAAGAAUAUCGCGUCCGUGGGCUUCCAUGAGGAUGGCCGCUGGAUGUACACGGGUGGGGAGGACUGCACGGCCCGGAUCUGGGACCUCAGGUCCCGGAACCUGCAGUGUCAGCGGAUCUUCCAGGUGAAUGCACCCAUUAAUUGCGUGUGCCUGCACCCCAACCAGGCAGAGCUCAUCGUGGGUGACCAGAGCGGCGCCAUCCACAUCUGGGACCUGAAAACUGACCACAACGAGCAGCUGAUUCCGGAGCCCGAGGUCUCUAUCACGUCUGCCCACAUUGACCCUGAUGCCAGCUACAUGGCAGCCGUCAACAGCACCGGGAAUUGCUAUGUCUGGAAUCUGACUGGGGGCAUUGGUGACGAGGUGACACAGCUCAUCCCCAAGACCAAGAUCCCAGCGCACACCCGCUAUGCCUUGCAGUGCCGCUUCAGCCCCGACUCUACGCUUCUCGCCACCUGUUCCGCCGACCAGACGUGCAAGAUUUGGAGGACAUCCAACUUCUCUCUGAUGACAGAGCUGAGCAUCAAGAGCAGCAACCCAGGAGAGUCAUCCCGAGGCUGGAUGUGGGGCUGUGCCUUCUCGGGGGACUCGCAGUACAUCGUCACGGCUUCCUCUGACAACCUGGCCCGCCUCUGGUGUGUGGAGACAGGAGAGAUCAAGAGGGAGUAUGGUGGCCACCAGAAAGCUGUCGUCUGCCUGGCCUUCAACGACAGCGUGCUGGGCUAGCCUGUGCCCCCCUGGGACUGCAGGCGGCUAUGCAGGGAGCACCUGCGGAACACGUCUGCCCAGCUGCCCAGGUCAGAGUGAAGCUCCACAGCUAGCCUCCGCCAGCCUAUCCAGCUGGACCUGACUGGCCUACCCUGGCCCCUCGGCCAGCCUAGACUGGGCAGGCCAGUAUGUCCUGGGAGUCUCUCAGCUCCUCCUGGGUGCUUCUGUGGAUGUGACAAGGCUCAGGAAGCCCACCUCAGCCAGCCGGCACUUGCUUCAGGAAUUCCAGAUCCACACGGCCUAGGGGGUCUGAGGCCGGUGCCCAACCCCCAGCCAGUGCACCCCCCCCAGCCCCCCACCCUGCCCAUUUCGUGUCCUGAGGCCACAGAGAACAGCAUCACGGCCAGGUGGAGGGUUUAUUAGACCCCGCUGCCAGCCACCCUCUGUGACCGGUGACGGGGCUGGCCAGCUGGCUGGCCUGUGGGGCUGGGCAGGCUGGAACUUAGUCUGGGAGGUAAUAAAAGCAGACCGACACGCAGAUGUUGCUGGGGAAGCAGAUGUCGAUGCACAGGUAGAUCAGCCGCUGCCUCCGGGGCCCUGGAGGAAGGGGCCUCCAUGAACCCCAGAGGGCUCCUCGUCCUUCUCCCCAUACCGUUCUGCAGGAGCCCAAGCCUCACACCACCAUCCCGACUUACCCUCUGCUCGACGGGCCCAGUAAAUGGGAGUUUUCGUGCAAAGGUGCCGCACCGAAUCCCCCACCAGGGAAGGGUCCACCUUGUGGUUCCCCAGGACUGCCAGCAGCUCCUGGGCAUGGUGGGUGUCAUGGCUGGGGCCGUGAGACCCUUGAGCCUGCAGAGAAGGCUCUGGUGGGCCACGGCACAGGGGCGCUUGCGUUCCCCCUGGACGUGCCGGCCCAAUGCCAGCGGCACGCUCCGCUCUUAGCAGCCUCAGCCAAGGGAAGGCAGAACUUCUGUUCCUUGAAACCAGAGCUCCAGCCUGCCCCAGGCCUGGGCCAUACACAGGACCCUUUGUCUGGCCCCUGGCCGUGGGAAGCCUGGCCGCAUGGGGCUGCUUACCCUUGAGGUGUUCACCAGCAGCCGUAGGGUCUCGCGAUCUCGGGGCUCCAUCAGGCGGAGGAAGCAGGCCUGGUGUUCCAGGGGCCGGUAACAGACGCAGCCCUGGGGAGGCAGGCCGGUGAGUCAGGGCCACCCCAACACCUGUGGGUGCUGACCACACCCCCAGCCCACUCACGCUCGGCCCAUCGAACAGCACUGCCCAGCUGCGGUUGCUCUUCACUGAGGUCACCCAGAUGGUUGCCACGUCCCGGGCCGCAUCCACCUGGGCAGUUUGGUUGGACCAGGUUGCCCCAGGGCUUGGGAGGGUCAGACGGAGCAUCUGUAGCAGAGGCUGAGAUCAGGAAGCCAGAACUCAGCUGGGCAGGCUGGGGCAGCCCCUGACACUCCCCCCAGUUCUACUUGAGGUUUUGGACCCCUCCAGCCCUCUGGUCCUCCUGCCACUGCUCUGAGCCCUGGCUCCACGGGAGGGUUGGGAUGUCCUGCCUCUCCUUCCCCUUCCCACUGUCUGUGCCCCCAGCCAAUUCCCCAGGGGGAACUCACCUUGGGAGGACUGUGCGCAAAGCCAAGAAGCCCUCCAGCCACAGCCCCAGCAGCGGCCAGUGCUAGCAGCAGCAGCAGGCCAGGGGCUCUCCAGCCCCCAUGGCAGGGCUUAGUCUUCACCUGGGGGGCACAGUGCGGUCAGUGGGGCCAGAGCAGAGACUGGGAAGCAGGCUGGCUCAGAAAGGCCAAGGCCGAGGUAUACACAGUGGCACUGCCCUCCUGUCCCCUGCCCAGGGCAGUGCCCUGGGUCUCUGUCCUAGGAGAGGGUGCUGGGUGGUUGGAGGCACUCACCUGGACAGGCCUGGGCCCGGGACUCUCCUCGCAGCAGUGCCUCUGCUCCAUGCUGCAGCCCUGGUGACAAUGCGGUGAUUGUCUGCUGCCCCUUGGAGUCAGCUAGCGAAACCUUAGUACACCUGCGAUGAGCCAAAUAACGCUCCCGGCCCCCUCCCCUCCUGACCCCACUGCUUCCCACCAGCCCAGCCACCUGAUAUCAGGGUUAUAGCCAGGACAGCCCCCCCACUCCUUGGGGUGGGGGUGGGGGGUGCUUGUCGCUGUGCCUAGCUGCCCUGAUACCCAGCCUGUGCAGACCAGAGAGCAUGGCCGUCAUGGAAAUCAAGUCCCACAGAUUGGCACCGAGGGUGGCCCAGGCCCAAGGCAGGACGACUUUAUAGUCUGUUGGGGAGCAGACUUAAUUUUCCUCAGGAGGCUGUUCCAGUGUCUAGAGUUACUUCUAGAUUCUGAGAGCUCAGCACAUGGCAAACCAUCAAUAAAAGUGUUUUGUGAAUGACGGGCA